UGACAGGUAAAGUUACAUACAGCCCCUCCUUAACAGCCACUCCCUGCAUUGUGAGUGCCUCAGGUGGAACUCAGCCUUCGUCUGCAACACUUUCCAUCCAGCUGCCUCCAACACAGAGCAACACUAACGGUGACAUCAUGGCAUACCAUCCACAGUUUGAGUGUGCAGGUCAGGAGGCAGGACUUCAGGCGUGGCGGGUAGAGAAACUGGAUCUUGUACCUGUUCCUAAGGAACAGCAUGGAUGUUUCUUCAUCGGAGAUGCUUACUUGGUUCUCCACACUGUCCAGAAUCGCUGCGGAGGCAAGCAGUUUGAUUUGCACUACUGGCAAGGCUCAGAGUGCUCGCAGGAUGAGAGCAGUGCAGCAGCCAUCUUCACAAUGCAAAUGGAUGACUACCUGAAUGGGAAGCCAGUCCAGUUCCGUGAAGUUCAGGGCUUUGAGUCCUCUACCUUCACUGGGUACUUUAAGAAAGGACUCAAAUACAGGAAAGGAGGAGUGGCAUCAGGGUUCAAUCACGUAGAGGAGGAAAACAUUCAGAGGCUGUUGCAAGUCAAGGGUCGACGUACGGUCAGAGCCACCGAGGUUCCUGUCUCCUGGGACAGUUUCAACCAAGGAGACAGUUUUAUACUGGACCUGGGAGAGGAAAUCAUCCAGUGGUCUGGUUCCCAUAGCAACCGCUUUGAGAGGCUGAAGGCCACCAUGGUGGCUAAAGGCAUCCGUGAUGAUGAGCGGUGCGGCCGAGCUAAAGUGAUCAUCUGUGAUGAAGGUUCAGAGCCAGAUAGGAUGCUGGAGAUUCUUGGAGAGAAACCGGAGCUUCCUGAGGCUCGCGGUGAAGACACCAAAGUGGACUCCUUCCACAGGAAAGUGGUCAAACUUUUCAAGGUGUCCAAUGCAGGUGGAAAAAUUGAUGUUAACAUCGUAGCAGAGGAGAAUCCAUUUCCUCAGUCUGCUUUGGAGUCUGGCGAAUGUUACAUCCUGGACAAUGGAGCGAAUGGAUGCAUCUAUGUCUGGAAAGGUAAGGAUGCUAACAAUGAGGAGCGUCAUGCAGUUCUGAAGACUUCAGAGCUGUUUAUCGACAAGAUGGGCUAUGCACGACACACACAGGUUCAGAUCCUUCCACAGAGUGGGGAGACUCCACUCUUCAAGCAGUACUUCAAGGACUGGAGGGACCCCGAAGACACUGUUGGCAUGGGAAAAGCUUAUGUAUCUAGCCAGAUUGCCAAAAUAAAGAAGGUUCCAUUUGAUGUGUCAAAGCUCCACGAAUCAGAUGCCAUGGCAGCACAGUAUGCGAUGGUUGACCAAGGAGAUGGAGAGAAGGAGAUCUACCGUAUUGAAGGAUCUGAGAAGGUUCAAGUGGAUCCAUCAACCUAUGGUCAGUUCUAUGGAGGAGACAGUUACAUCAUCCUGUAUCACUACCAUCACAACCACAAAGACGGUCAAAUCAUCUACAUAUGGCAAGGAACAGAGUCCAGCCAGGAUGAGGUUUGCGCAUCAGCCUUGUUGACCAUUGAGAUGGAUGAUAAGCUGGGAGGAAGUGCUGUUCAGGUACGUGUGGCCCAGGGAAAAGAGCCUGCCCACCUCAUGAGCCUAUUUGGAAACAAACCAUUGGUGGUGUACAAAGGUGGGACGUCCAGAGAAGGUGGGCAAUCAGUGUCAGGAAAUACCCGCCUUUUCCAGGUUCGUGGCAAUGCAGCAGGCCACUCCAGAGCUGUGGAGGUGGAUCCGGCUGCGUCUUCUCUGAACUCCAGCGACGUCUUCUUCCUGGUCUCCCCCUCUGGAUCUUGGAUGUGGAAAGGGAGGGGCAGCAGCGGUGUGGAGGUGAAGGGGGCUGAGUACUUGGCUGAACUUCUGGAGGCUACCCCCAACCAGCUCGAGGAGGGGCAGGAGGAAGAUGCCUUCUGGGAUGCGUUGGGGGGGAAGGGGGAGUAUUGUCAUUCUGUCCGUCAAAGGAACAAUAUAGACGAUCAUCCUCCUCGCCUGUUUGCCUGCUCCAAUAAGACUGGGAAUUUCCUGAUGGAGGAAGUAACAGGUGAGCUGACGCAAGAUGAUCUCGCCCCUGAUGAUGUCAUGAUCUUGGAUACCCCAGAACAGGUGUUUGUUUGGAUUGGAAACGAUGCCAAAGAGGAGGAAAAGACGGAGGCAGCAGCAUCAGCUGCCAAGUACAUCGAAAGUGACCCUGCUGGCAGAGACCCUCAGACUCCUGUCAUAACGGUGAAACAGGGUUUUGAACCGCCAACUUUCACUGGCUGGUUCCUGGGCUGGAAUGACGACUACUGGAAAGAUGAUCCACUGGAGCAACUCCAAAGGGCCCUGUAAUGACAUCGCUUUGUCUGGGUUUGACUGCAGUGCUUUAAAUUAUAAAUAAAACUUGUCAGUUUGUCCAGACACCUGUCUGUCUUUCCUACUCUCAGUGGAUUUUUGAUACAAGGCAUUUCCUGAUCACAUGGGAACAGUUUGAUAGUGUAAUAGUU